GGAGCUGUCAGCCAUUGGCGAGCAGGUGUUCGCGGUGGAGAGCAUCCGGAAGAAGCGCGUGCGGAAGGGCAAAGUCGAGUAUCUGGUGAAAUGGAAAGGAUGGCCCCCCAAGUACAGCACGUGGGAGCCAGAAGAGCACAUCCUGGAUCCCCGCCUUGUCAUGGCCUACGAGGAAAAGGAGGAGAGAGACCGUGCAUCGGGGUAUAGGAAGAGAGGCCCGAAACCCAAGCGGCUUCUGCUGCAGCGGCUGUACAGCAUGGACCUGCGCAGCUCCCACAAGGCCAAGGGCAAGGAGAAGCUGCGCUUCUCCCUGACGUGCCCGCUUGGCAGUGGGAGCCCCGAGGGGGUGGUCAAGGCAGGGGCACCUGAGCUGGCGGACAAGGGCCCCUUGGUGCCCACCCUGCCCUUCCCGCUCCGCAAGCCGCACAAGGCCCACAAGUACCUGCGGCUCUCACGCAAGAAGUUCCCGCCCCGCGGGCCCCACCUGGAGAGUCACAGCCAUCGACGGGAGCUCUCCCUGCAGGAGCCACCGACUGCAGAGGUCCUGCAGGCAGCCAGCGAAUGGGAGUCCACGGAGCAGCCGCCCGAGGAGGAGGCAGACGCAGACUUGGCCGAUGGGCCCCCUCCCUGGACACCCACGCUCCCCUCAAGUGAGGUGACUGUGACCGACAUCACCGCCAACUCUAUUACCGUCACCUUCCGUGAGGCCCAGGCAGCCGAGGGCUUCUUCCGAGACCGCAGUGGGAAGCUCUGAGCCUCUGUGGCUGCUGUCCUUAAACUGUUUUCUACGGGGCUUGGGGUGGGCAGCUCCAGAGAUGGGGAUGGGUUGGGGUGAGGUCCUAUUUUAUUUUUAAAAACUCCUGAGCAGAAGGAGGGAAGACCCCACAACUCUCCUGUCACCCCACCUCGCUCUCUGAGGGACAUUUACAGCAGGCCCUCUGGGUGGGGCUGGGAGACCAGCGUUGCUCUGGUGGCCCGGAUAUUUCCUCCCAGAUGGGCCCGGGCCGCCUGCCUGGGAUGCCUCUCUCAAAGCAGCUGAUUCCAGGAGCCCAGGGGGUCCAGCGCUCUGCCUUGAGCAGUGACCCAGGCUGCCCCCCACCCCUACUUUAAAAAUUUUUUUGGCUUGGAUCUUUAUUUUGAACUUUCCACUCCAGCUUUGCUGUGGGACUGGAAGACUGGCAUUGACCACCAGGGGCUGGGUUUGCAGAGACGGGGAAGGAGGCAGGGUUUGAGGUGGCUGGGGUGCGCCUGACCCUCCAGAGAGGUGGCCACCUUUCCUGCCCCUUUACCUGGAAACACUAGCCACCUCAUGGCUACCUGCGUGUCUACAGAUGAGCCCACGUGGGCCUUGCACGCCUCCCUAAGAACUCCUGAGCAGAUGAGCAAGGGGCAAUUCAUAGCACAAAAGAACUUGCUGCGGCAGCCCCUGUAGCCGCCUUAUAUGCACGCCACGCACGACAGGACCUGUCUCAGCUCCGUUUGCUCGCAGCCAUCGCCAGAGGGAGGGGCCUGGCCACAGGCAUGGUGGCAUCUGGCACUAUAGCCAUGCAGAUGUGGCUUUGUGGUUAUACCUGGCCAGGCCACGGGUGGGCAAACAUCUGCUGAGUUAUGCCAGAACAUCUGUACAGGCUCUAAGACACUGGGGGCCUGGCCUUCCUCCCACAGGGGUUCUUGUCCUUUCUGACUCAGGUGACUUUUUGGCCCUUCCAGUUACUCUUCUUUCUGCCCUCCUCUCCAGCUCAGCCAGCAGGGUGUGGGCAGUGGAGGGCGUGUCCCCCGCUUUCUCAGGGCAGUCCUCAUCUCCUGAACCCCACCUCCUUCCAUUCUGUGUCCCCUCGCAUCCAACCUAAAUGCCAGGGCUGACCUUGUUCCUGUGGGAGUCAGGCUGUGCACAAGUCCCACGCCUGGCAAGGGGCUGCAUCUGCCAGGAGGAGGGGGCUUGAUUUCUAGUUGUAGAGCUGUCCCAUGGACUGACUUCUCUCCCAUCCCAGCCCUGUGGGGGAGAAAGGCCAGGGCGGGUGGAGGGGGAGCAUGGAGUGGGCGUCCUCCCCUGCCCUCUGCCGCUGUUAGCCUGACUUGAGUGUAGAACCAGUGUGUGUGGGAGCUCAGCACUGUCCCCUGACCGCUGUGUCCUUGGGAGCUCAACGGAUCUCUGUAGGGACAAGGGUAGGUGACUCCUCCCCUGUCCCUCCAGUUCCCAAACCAAAGACAGCCUGCAUCCCGUUUCUGUUUGGGAUGCUCUGUUAGCAAGAUCCCUAAAUCCAUCUCUCCCCAUCCUCCUUAGUUCCUAGUUGUCCAGGGUCAAUUCAGUGCUUCCACAGGGAGACAGUCCCUUGCAGGCCCCUGCGUCACUCGCAGCCCUGGUUGCACCUUGAAGAAUGUGGGCAUGGGGCUUAGGGAGGACGGGGCAGCAGGAAUCGCCACUGAUCUGCUGCAGGACCCUGGGGAAGGUAGACGCUGUAGUUGGGGGUUCUUCGGGGCAGGGCAGGGCCCCCAGCAGAGACAGUGGUGGGGGUGGGGGGGUUCUCUCCAAUGGAAGGCAUUGGUCCGUAGCUUUGGGACUCGCAGCAGCUUCCAGUCAUAAUCAUGCUGUCCAUCCCCAGUGGACUCAGAACCACUUCCUGCAUCCUAGGAACUCCCGCAGCACCGCCUGCAACUUGGAGUCUGUGGACCGGGGUCUUGUCUUCUGGGUGAGGCAGCAGUUUUUGGUCUGCAGCAGUAGAACAUACCUUCCUCUUUCUCAGCUCUUUAUGGCACCCAGGACCCUGUAGCUCAGGGAGGGCUGAGGGCUGGGAGGGUGGCCUGGGUUGGGUGGCCCUGAGAUCCCCUGCUCAGGCAGCCACGUGGCACAGGAUUGCUGUGAGCUGGCCCCCUGGGGAGCCAAGCUAUGGGCUGUAGGGUCUUUUGCAGCCAGGACAGGUGACCUCCCAGCCUGGAGUGUCCUGGGUGGGCAGUGAUCUCCCACCCCAUUGCCCCCCAGAAGGCCAGUACUCUUGGGGUAGGAGAGGGCUCUGAAAGCCACCUGCCUCACUUUCCGCUGCCUCACCUGUUCUGAAUGUAGAGACCGGCUGGUACUUUUCCUCUGCUGGGGGUGAGGAUAUGCCUUGCCCCCUGGCCUGGCCACUUGCAGUGCGGGGACAAGCUCCUCUGGGCUGUGAGGUUGUCAUUCUCUUGGGAUGGUGAUCCCUUUGCCAAUUUCCUCCCACCUCCCUCUCCAGGGGAAGGCGCUGGGCGUCUUUAAGAUGGUGUAGCUUUUGCUUUAUAAGUGGCCGCACGUGGCCGCCAGGUCUCAGCACAAGAACGCUUCCUUUGCACAGAAUGAGCUCCGAGCUUUGUUCAGACUACAUGAAUGUACUGGGGGGUAGGGGGGCGAGCGCACGCCUUCCCGGGCGAGUGUGUGCGGGGACUCCGUGGGUGCAGAGCGCGGUUUUAUUUUUGUACUGAUAUUGGUAAGAGACUAUAGCAUCUAUUUAUUUAGAUGAUUUAUCUGGUAAAUGAGGCAAAAAAAAAACUAUUAAAAAUGAUUUAAAAAAAGAUUCCUAGGCAUUUGAUCAUUACUUUUGGUGUCACUUCUGUGCCCAGGAAAGAGAUCUAGCCGCAGAUGACAGCCUGGGUCCAGGCUCCAGGUCUGCCUGUUCUGUCAGCUUCCUGAGCCCUCUGGAAAUGCACUGAAGACUCACUGAGGGGGUGGGAACUGGGCCCUGUGAGGAGUCACCUGGGAAGUGUCCACCUCCCUUGGCCGAGCAGUGUGUAGCCAGAGGCCUGGAAAUGCUUCAGACCAUUAUUCACCGUUUCGAGUAUUCUGUCGGAUGUGGGGUGGUCAGGAUCACAGGGAUUCCACAAUGACAGGUUCUGGAACCCAGGAUCACCACGGGGCAAACUCACGCUUGUUCACCCCAGCUCAGCACGCCUGUUUGAAGCCUGAGGCAGGCGAUCAGAGCACAGGGCGCCAGGCAAGAGUUCUUCCUGCAGGCGCCUCUGGCAGACAGGUGCAGGCAGGGGACUACCACAGCUGUCCAGGAGGGGUAGAGGUGGCAGUCGUCGCCACAUCCAGCUCGCUGGAUGCCAGUGUCAGGGAGGGGCCAGGAUCACAAAUGGGUUUCCAGUUGGGCAGUGGGCAGACAGGGGUCUCAUCAGGAAGGGGACUAAAGGAGGGGAGGUGGGUGCGGAAAUCCGUCUUAGGACAGGCUCUGUGCAUGAAGUCUAUUUGGGAGGUGACCCAGCAGCAGGAGUAAGGGGUUAGGACGGUGGGAAAAGGAAGAAGAGGACGGCUACUGAGGUCAGCUGGGAUGUGGUGGAAGGAUGUCACAGUGCACAGCCCCCAGCCUCCAUCUGUCUGUCCUGGUAUAUUGACCCUGGACGAGAAAAUACCAUGCUAGGUGGGCGCUGUGGUGCACAUCUGUAAUCCCAGCUGCUCAGGAGGCGGAGGCAGGAAAGUCUGAAGCCAAACUGGGCAGUUUGCCAAGACUCAAAAAGCCCUUGGGUGUCACUCAGUGCUAGAGUGCCUAGCACGUGCAAGACCUGGGUUCGGUCCCCACUACCGCAAAGAGAGAAAAAGAGGAAGGCAGGGAAGAAGAGACACGUGCUGGCCCUUGUCACCCAUAGGGAACUGUCCACCUGUCCGUGGGCAAGAUGAGAGACGAAGCCAAGAGGUGAGUCCGACAGGGCCACGGAAGUGUGACAGUCCCCCUUCCCCCCGGGCUGCUGUACUUUGCUUAUCGUACACAGUAAAUCUACUUCCACGGACUCUUCAAAAAGGUGGCCUGGGUAGUCCCUGUAAGAGACUUAAUGUGUGUUGGGUGGAUGACCAUCCGUCCUCAGGGCUGCAAUGGGUAAUACUGUCUCCUGUCUUCACCACCCCCUGUCCCUGCUAGCAUUCCCACUGGUCUAGGCUGCUUGCUGGCUGGGGUGACCCCGACACAUCCAGAAAGAGCCCAGGCCCCUGCUGGCCUGCCCUUGUUCAGUCAGGUCACUGUGCCUCAGUCCCCAGUGGGCCUGAGGGCAGGAAGCUUGCCUCAAGGACUACCCCAGGUUUCAGAUAAACUGCCGACGGAAUGUAGCAGCAACCUGGCAUCUGAGGACAGUUGAGGUCAGUUAACCUCACUGAUGUCACAACUACUGUUUUCUGUCUGCCAGCCGACCUACUGGUCCUAGGAGCUUACAGUGACUAGGUGGUAGUUGUAGCCUCACAUGCCAAGGAGUCCCUUACACUGUUCCCUGGAAAGAUGCUCUCUUCCCUGGAAACCAGGAUCUCUGAUCCACCAAGUCUAAGUCAGAGCCACAGAGCACAAGCUCCGCAAGUCGGUGCAGAGGCACGCUGUAGCCUUGGAUGGUGGCAGUGGCACAGACACUGGACAAGUUGUGAACUGCUGACCUCACUGUGAGGAAGGGAGCCCACCGUAAGCAACCUGCCAUGGUGCCCUGCUGGCCCCCCAAGCCCAGCACCGUGUGCAGGCUCUGACAGGCCGGACACCCAUCACCUACAUUAAGUAGCUGUAUUAGUUUUCCGUUGUUGGGACAGAACAUCUGCCACACAUGAUUUCAAGGCAGAGAAGUAUAUUUUGGCACAGUCCGUGGCUGGCUGGCUCUGCGGGAGAAACAUCACGGUGUGAGAGCACUGUGGAGGAAAUCAGCUCACCUCUUGGUGUCCAGGAAGCAGAAGAUGGGGGGAGAGCCCAAGAGAAAGUGGCCAGGGACCAGAUCCCACCCUCAAGGUCCUGCUUCCAUGCUACCCAGACACCCCCAGAAGUGUUUCCCUAAUUUCCUAGACCUCUCAAGUUAAUCACGCUGACAAGAAUAACCAUCACAAGCCCACCCCUUGUCAACUCGGCACCUACACACAGCUCUUUAAACCACACUUGAUCCCCAAAUAGAGAUAAUGACAAGGUCACAAUUCCACCUAACAAUGCCAGCAUCCUGCAGCGCUAACCCUAUCCCCAAAUGUCAGCAGUCUCAGCAUUGCUCCAAAGUCUAAGUCCAAAGUCCCCUCUGAGACUCCAGGCAAACUCUUAGCUGUGCAUCCUUGUAAAAUUCACAAAGCGAGUUAAUGCUUCCAAGGUACAAUGGCUCCUCCCAUCCCAAAGGGGAGAAUAGGCGGACAGAAAAGAAUAGGACCAGAACAAGACUCAAACUCAGCAGGACAAACAUGAGGUCCUAUAGCUCUACACCCAGCAUCCCGGGCACAUGGUGGCAUGAUGUGAGCCCCAAAGGGCUCGGGCAGCCCUGCCCCUCUGGCCUUGCCAAUUGCAGCCACACGGCCUCUCUCCUAGGCCGGCUGUGCAUGCUGCCUAUGGCUUUCCUCAGGAGACACUCCAUGCCUGUGUCUCCAGCUGCUGAGGUCUCCGUUGCAGCUUCAGCCUCACUCCUGCAGCCUCACAUGUUGCCCUCUUGGGGGCUCCUAGCAGGGACUCUGGUCAUGUGGCGCAAUGCCCAGCUUCCCAGGCCUUUCUUUGAAAUCUUGUGCAAGCCUCCAUGAGCCCAUAACCCACGUACUCUGCAUGCCUACAAAACCAGCACCACAGGGCUGGGGAUUUAGCUCAGCGGCAAAAGCGCCUGCUUGGCAUGCACAAGGUCGUGAGUUCGGUUCCCGGUACUGGAGAAAAACCAAAAAAAAAAAAAAAAACCAGCACCACAGCAGUGAUGCCACCGUCUGCUGCCAGACAGGAAGGGGCCAGGGACCCAAGGUCCUGCUUCCAAGACCCACCUAGAUGUGUGCUUCACUAGUCUCCUAUGAGUCUGUCAGGCUAAUCAAGGUGACAGUUAAGAUUAACCAUCACAGCCGGGUGUGGUGGCUCACACCUAUAAUCUCAGCACUCAGGCUGAGAGUUCGAGGUCAGCCUGAACUACAUAGCAAACCUUGUCUCAAAAAACAAAAACAAACCCCAAAAAGAUUAGCCAUUACAGCUGUCCAGGUUACAUCUCAGGCACAUGAGGCUGCUUGUACUGAAAACUCACUCUUCCUUUGGGCCUGCGGACAGCCAACUUGUGGCAGGAAUGGCUGUAAAGGCUUUGCACCUCUGUUUUCAUAUUGAGUUUGUCUCCCUUGCUGCCUUAACCUUUGGGUAAAGACACCAGCUGCCAUGACCGGAGAGACAAGACCAGAAAAGCGGUGGAAAGUGGUGGCACCCAGUUCUUGGAAGAUCGCUACCAAUUUCAAGACAAGACAAGAACAGCCCUCCCCUUCCUUAGCUUGUUCCUCUCCUUCACUAUUCCUGGGCUGUACCUGUGACCCUUCAAUUCCCUUAGAGUUGAGAGGCCGAUUUGAGGACAGAAGCUCCUUCCUUGACCACUGAAUAAACCUUGUUUUUUUCUCA